AUGUCAGGCGUCUCAGGCAUCGAUGCGCAGCCGAAUCCGCGCUAUCUCUUCCGCCAACCCGUGGCGCUGCAGUGGUUUGAGAAUGGGAAGCUUGUGAAGCGGCAGGAGGAGGAGCGUCAGGCCGGUCGCUUCGAGCUCUUCCUCGAUCUUCUGUUCGUCGCUAUACUGGCCAAUUUCGCCGAGUCGUUGGCUGAGGAUAUCACGGGUGCGCGUCUGGCCAUGUACAUUUUGAUCCUAGCUCCCUCCUGGCACGUAUGGAGCGACCUGCGCGAACUGAUGAACUCAUUCUACAACGACGACCUGCUGCAACGCGUGCUCAUCCUCUGGGUGAUGGCCGUGCUCGUCGUCUACGGCAACAACGCCACUCUCGUCGACAAGGACCUCGGCGCCAUGCGCGCCACCGUCGCCGCGUACAUGGUCGCGCGACUCUCCUGCAACGCCGCGCACCUCUUCUACUCGUUCGCCAGCUACCACCACCGCGCGCAGCAACGGCUCUGGUGUCUCCUCGCCACGCUCGCCCUCUGCAUCUACAUCCCGCUAUACGUCAAGUCCGUGUCGAUCCGCGGGAAGAUCGCCGCUGCAGCCGUCGGCAUCGUCGUCGAGCAAUGCGUCUGGAUCUUUUGCUACUCGCCUGCUGCGAAACGGGUGCUGAAGGCGCGGUACACCACCGCGGUGGACAUCGCGCAUGAAAUCGACCGCUUCGCCGCUUUCUAUAUCAUCGUGCUAGGCGAGUUCCUGUACCAGAUCGUCGUGGGGUCCCCCGCUGCCAUCGGGUUGAACCUUGGGCUGCUGCGCGCCGUCUGGACGCUCGUUAUCGCCUUCUGUCUGAACUGGUUGUAUGUGCAUAAUGACGGCGCCCUGGACGGUACCCAUCCCAUGCGACACUCGGUGUACACGGCGUUCUCGUGGAUCACAUUGCAUCUGCCCCUGAGUGGUAGUCUGCUGGCAAGUGGACAUGUGGCGGCGGCCAGCGCGGCGGAGGACCGGUUCGGCGAUGCAGAGCGGUGGCUGCUCUGCGGGAGCUUGGGAACGGGGAUGUUUUGUCUAUAUGGACUGGCGCUGCUGUUCGAGUCCAAGGAUGCGCCGGGGACGUUGAUCUUAGGAAAGCAUUUUCGAGUCAUCAUGCGCCCUAUCACCGGCUUGAUUAUUGUUCUUCUCGGCCUCGCCGACUCCCUUGAUAUUACCGCCAUGAUGUCGAUCCUCAUGGCGCUGGUUGCCUUCUGUCUGAUCUGGGAAAAUGUCACAUCGUUGCGUCGCGACGCGAAGAUCUGGGAACGGUGGGAGAAUACCGAGUAUCCGGAGGAAAGAGACGAUGUUGUCCCUAUCAUUGGAGAGGGAUCUGGAAACUCGGAAAAUGCAUAAGCUAUGGACCAGGAAGGACGGAUGGCAAACUGCGAUGACGAAUACUCAAAGCUUGCCGAUUAUAUAAUAUGUAGAACGAAUACUGGAUACUUCGCGUCUCCAAAAUAGAUAAUUGGAAAGUUG